UGAUUUGAUCCCAUCCAAACCUAUCCCCAAAAUAAGUAGACUGAAAACAUACCCAAGUUAAUCCAAUUUGCACUUGUGUCUUCAGGACAAGCCUCUGACGGAAGUCCUUACCUUUUCCUACAGGGAACUACAAUCGCAAAAUUCACAGUUCAUCAACAGUGUCCAUAAGUUUCUUCAAGCUGUGUCCUUUUCUUUCUAUAUAAAGAGCAGUAUCCAUUAUAAUUUAUAUACACUACAGUAACAGUAGUAUCUUGGUAUCAAUCAGGAAAAAGGUGGGAGUACAUGUUUAACAAAAUGGCAAGAACAUCUCCAAUUUUUAAAGCAACCUUUGCAUCAUAUUUGAUGAUAAUGAUGUUGCAGUUACAGUUACAGUUACUGAUUAGUGUUGAAGGGCGCUUAAUUUCUCUUUCCAAACCAGCCCCUAAUGAUGCUGCUGCCUAUGCUCGUUGGUUGGUGUCACAAAAUUCUUGGGGUGUUCUUAAUACCAUUGCGGCUGAUUUAGGAGGUUCGCCUUUUGGGAAUGUGGUUUCAUUUAGCGAUGGGCUACCAGGCAAAGGUGCAGGUAUACCAUACUUCUACUUGACAACCCUAGAUCCCACUGCAGCAUAUGCUCUGAAAGACAGUAGAUCCUCAUUGACAAUCAGCGAAUACCCGGUUGGGACUUGCGGGAAAACUGAUCCUGAGAAUCCUACUUGUGCAAAAAUUACACUUUCAGGAAAGUUGAAAUUGGUUGAUGCAAACUCCAAAGAAGCAGAAUUUGGAAGGUCCGCCUUGUUUGCAAAACAUUCUGAGAUGAAAGGUUGGCCUGUGAGCCACAACUUCCAGGUGUUCAAACUAGAAAUUGAACAUAUAUUUUUAAUCAACUGGUUUGGAGGACCAAAGCCCCUUACUGUUGAUCAGUAUUUACAGUGGAAAAUGCACAAGUUGGCGCUCUCUUCGUAGAUGUAUGCAUCUCGGACCUUGUGGUUACAUAUCUGAUUCUGGCUUCUAUUCGAGGGUUCCGUUUCUGCAUACUCAUCUACCACAUAUAAUGAUGGUGUACCUAAUCUUAAGGUCAAGUGUAGAUAACAUAUUCUUUCUGAUCACAGUUAAAUAUGCAAAAUGUAUCAGUGUAUGUUGUAAGCUGCCAAGAAUGCAUGUACAGUAUGGAAGUAUGCAUUUCAUGUUCUUGUAAUAAUUUUAGCUUUAUUGUCAAAAAAGAAAUUGAAAGAGCUAUUUAUGCCUCCCCUUC